AUGUCUGCUUCAAACUUUCUACUUUUUUCUUUAGCUCUAUUAAUCAUUCCACUCUCCAAUAUACAAAAUUUUGCUUCUGCAUCAAUAGAGGAAGCAAAUGCUCUUCUUAAAUGGAAAGGAAGCCUUCAGAUCCCAAACAACUCCUUGGUUUCUUCAUGGCUCCCUAUGAAUUCCAGUGCAUCGGCUCCAUGCACUUCUUGGUUGGGAGUAAUUUGCAAUGCUGAUGGGAGCAUUCACACGUUGAACCUCACAUCAUCAGGAAUAAAUGGUACACUUCACCAAUUUCCAUUCUCUUUGUUACAAAAUCUUACCAAAUUUGAGCUCAGUGUAAACAACUUCUUUGGCCCAAUCCCACCAAAAAUCCAGCUCUUGUCCAAACUUGUCUAUCUUGACUUUUCAACAAAUAAAUUUUCUGGAGUAAUCCCAUCUGGGAUAGGGAUGCUAGCCAACCUUGAAACCCUCCACCUGAAUGAAAAUAACUUGAGUGGUUCACUACCACAAGAGAUCGGCCAAUUAACCUCUCUCUAUGAGCUUGCAUUGUAUGAUAAUUCUCUUGAAGGAGAAUUACCUCCAUCAUUGGGAAAUUUGAAAAACUUGGCUUAUCUUUAUCUCGAUAACAAUAAGCUUUCGGGUCCAAUUCCUCAAGAGUUUGGACAACUUGUCAAUCUUGUGGAGGUCUAUAUCACUCAUAAUUCACUUCAUGGUCCCAUCCCAAAAGAAAUAGGAAAUCUGAAAAAGCUAACUAUCUUGUACCUUUUUCAAAACCAUCUAAAUGGUUCAAUCCCACAAGAAAUAGGAAGCAUGGUUUCACUUGAGCGCCUAAGCCUCUUCUCAAACAAUCUGUCUGGCUCAAUCCCCUCAUCAUUGGGUGAGUUGACAUCUUUGAAUCUCCUCCAUUUGUACCAAAAUCAACUCUCUGGUCAUAUUCCUGUCGAACUUGGGAAUUUGAAGUCUCUCACUGAUCUCGAGGUGAGUGAAAAUAAUCUUAGUGGCCCAAUUCCUUCAUCACUAGAGAACCUAAGCAACCUACAAUAUCUUUCCAUCCGUGACAAUAAAUUAUCUGGGAAUAUACCACAAGGAUUGGGAAGUCUAGAUUUGGUUGAGCUAGAAAUGGACACAAAUCAAUUGUCCGGUCAUUUGCCCAAAGAUUUCUGUCAUGGGGGAAACCUUAGAUUUUUGUCACUAAGUGAUAAUCAGCUCAUCGGUCCUAUUCCAAGAGGCUUAAAGAAUUGUCGUAGCCUAUUUAGAGCUGUCCUUGAUAACAAUCAAUUCACCGGAGAUAUAUCAAAUAGCUUUGGGGUCUAUCCAAGCCUAGAUUACCUUGAUCUCAGUCACAAUAAGUUUCACGGGCAGCUUUCUGAAAACUGGAGUAAAUGCAAGAAUUUGACAGCCUUAGGGAUAGGAUAUAACAACAUCAGUGGUAGCAUUCCACCUGAGUUUGGAAAUUCAACUCAACUCCGCAGACUUGAUCUUACUUCAAAUCUUAUUGUUGGGGAGAUCCCUAAGGAGAUUGGGAAGAUGAAAAGUAUGUUGUAUUUGUCCUUGGCUGAUAACCAACUUUCAGGUAUUAUACCUAAUGAGCUCGGAUCACUGCGUGAUCUUAUUGCUCUCGAUCUGUCCACAAAUAGAUUGAAUGGGUCGAUACCAAGAAAUAUUGGUGGCUGGACACACAUGUAUUACUUGAAUCUUAGUAAUAACAAACUCAGUGAAAAAAUCCCUUCCGAGAUAGGUAAAUUAAGUCAACUGACAACACUUGAUUUAUCUCAUAAUUUGCUCAUGGGAGAGAUACCAUCUGAAGUUCAAAGUUUGCAAAAUUUGGAGAAAUUUGAUCUUUCUCACAAUAGACUAUCGGGUUCUAUUCCUGAUGCUUUUGAAAAGUUCCUAAGUGGGAUUGAUAUCAAUUUGUCUUACAAUGAGCUCACAGGUCCAGUUCCCCCUUAUGCAAUCUUUGUCAAUGCAUCGAUACAAGUAUUUCAAGGCAAUCCAAGUUUGUGUGGAAAUGUUACUGGAUUAAAGCUUUGUCCAAGUCAAAAUAUGAUGAAGAAAAAAGAUCCUUUUCAUCAUAAGCGCAUCCUUAUAAUUGUGCUUCCCCUUUUCGGGGCACUUUUACUUGGUUUACUCAUGUGUGGCCUCAUAGCUUAUCAACGACAAAAGAAAAUUGUUCCACAACAAUCAUUGGACGUAGAAGUUGAUGAUUUCUUCUCAAUAUCAAGUUCUGAUGGAAGAGUAGUGUAUGAUGAAGUCUUGAAAGCUACAAAUGACUUUGAUGAUGCACACUGUAUUGGGACAGGAGGAUAUGGUAUUGUAUACAAAGCCAAGCUACAACCUAACAAUGUAGUAGCUGUCAAGAAACUUCACUCAUCAUCUGGUAAGGUUGAUCAUAAGGGAUUCCUUAAUGAGGGAAGCAUUGGAUCAAUCUUAAGUAGUGAUAUCUUAGCAAAAGAAUUGGAUUGGUUGAAAAGGAUCAAAAUUGUAAAGGGUGUAGCUAAUGGCUUGGCUUAUAUGCAUCACGAUUGUUCACCUCCUAUAAUUCAUAGAGACAUUUCCAUUGCCAACAUCCUUCUCGAUUCUGAUUACGAGGCACAUAUUUCUGAUGUUGGCACAUCCAAGAUUUUAAAGCUAGACUCAUCCAACUGGACCACAAUUGUAGGCAGCUAUGGUUAUAUCCCGCCAGAGCUUGCGUAUACGAUGGUGGCCAAUGAGAAAUGCGAUGUGUAUAGCUUUGGAGUUGUUGCACUUGAAGUGAUGAUGGGAAGGCAUCCUGGAGAACUCAUAACAUCUUUACAAACAUUGGCUGCUGAUUAUCUAUUGCUAGCAAACGUGGGAGAUCGUCGUAUACCACCUCCAUCAUCAAUAGUUGAGAAACAAGUUAAAUUAGUUCUGAGUCUUUCAAGAGCAUGUUUGAACUCCAACCCACAUGCAAGGCCAACAAUGCGCCAAGUCUCAAAUCUGCUCAUGGAGUCGUGGCUUUAAAAUUCCAUAUCUGGUGUAUCUUUUAAUGAUUUACUUUUCAAAAGUUUCCUAUGAUGCAUCCCAAUAAUAUGCAUGUACUAAAAAAGAUGAUGCAUCCUAAUAAUAUGCAUGUACUAAAAAGAUGCCUUCUCGUGAAUUAACUUUUCAUAGGUUUUGUUAUAGCAUUAUCUAAUAAUAUAAACGGUUCUAAAUAAUGUUAGACGUGACUUGACGAUAAUGUCAAACUCAAGCUUUUACGAGCCAUGGCGAACCACAUCGUUUGUAAGACGUGACUUAAGG